AUGGAGAAACCUGUUGAAAUGCCUUCAGGGUCAGGAAAGUAUCUCAGUUUCACGUGCCAAAAUGAAAUUAUCCAAAUGAUUUCUGGCAGACUGAAGCAGACAAUCAUUACGGAAAAUAAAGCGGCUCCUUUCUUUUCUAUCAUUUCGGACACCACGCAAGAUAUUUCAAAAAUUGACCAACUUUCCGCAGUAUAUAGAUACAUACGUGUAGUAAAAAAUGAAGAUCUGCCAAUCGAUGGGAAAAUUAAAGAAGUGUUUAUGGGAUUUCAUAAAGUUUCUGGACAAACUUCGCACGAACUUGCAACCCAGCUAGAAUAUCUGUUGCAUGCAAACGGAUUGGAUCUUUUGAAGUGCAGGGGACAAGGAUAUGAUGGUGCAGCAAACAUGCAAGGGGCAUAUGAUGGCCUGCAAGCAAAAAUUGCUGCAAAACAGCCUUUAGCAGUUUAUGUAUAUUGUGCUGCACAUAACCUGAACCUAGUCAUAAACGAUGCCGUAAACAACGUCCGUGAAAUUUACGAUUUUUUCUCUAUAGUCGAAAGGAUGUAUGUAUUUUUCGGACACAGUAUUAAAAGACGGGAUAUUCUUUCAUCGUUUGGAUCGAAAAAAGACAAAACACUGAAAAGAUUGAACCCAACGCGCUGGUCGAGUCGUCUCAGUUCACUUACAGCUUUACAUUACCGUUACGCAAUUUUUAUGAAAGCUUUGAAUUUGAUUAUUCUGCAAUCCAAGAAAAAUGAAGAGAAGCCGUAUCGCUCCGUAACAAAUUACAAAAUUUUGAUUUUAUCGUCAUGA